AUGGACUUCUUCAAAUCAGUAUUCACCGAGGAGCAGGAUUACUCCGAUACCGAAGACACCGAGAUUUCUUCUUCGAAUUUGGAUGUUCAAGCGCAGCCGGAAUCUCCACCUGGAGCUCCUCCGGAUGGUAAUCCGAACAUCCCGGCCAUUGUGAACGCGUGGGGGUUCGGGUCGGGUCUGCUGAAAACCCUAGCGUCGAAGUCGGAAUCCGUAAUCCAGAACUACCGUCGGGAUCUGGAGGAGUUCAGCUCCGGUCUGCAGAAGGAGACUGCUAUAAUCCGCGAAGCCGCCAGCCGCGCCGUCCAGGAUUUGCCAGCUCACAUCGAAUCGGGCGCCGCCGCCGCUCAGGAAUCGCUUGAAACCGUCGGCCAAGCCAUCGACGACAUCGGCUCCAGCGUAGCGGAGAUCAUUGUACAGGGAAAGGACUCGAUCCUCGCUCCCGAAGAUUCCGGUAACGAAUUCUCAGAAAACGACGGUAGAAAUGACCGCAGCGAUGAUGUUUUGAACUCGAAUGCGAAACCGUACAGUAGAAUUGAGGCUCUGAUCCGAGCAAUUCAGUGUGAUGCGAAAACGUACUGCGAGGAGCCGGAGGAUUCCGAGGACUACAAUGAGUGGAAAUUAGGGUUUGUGUUUGAGGAAAAGCUUGGGGAGAUUGGAGACUUGGUGGAGGAAAAUAAUGUAAUUGGUGAAAUUUACAGUGAGAUUGUGCCAAGUAAGGUUGACAGAGAGACAUUUUGGAGCAGAUACUUCUAUAAGAUUCAUCGGGUGAAGAAAGCAGAGGAGGCUAGGGUGAGACUGGUGAAGAAGGUGAUUUCUGGUGAAGAAGAUGAGGAUUUGACCUGGGAUGUAGAAGAUGACAAUGACAACGACAACGGAUCUUGUGAUGUGGUGAGAAAAGAGAUUGCUGAGACUGAAAAUGGAUUGAACAGUUUACACAUAGAAGAAGAAAAGCAAAAGAAUUCUGAAACUGCAAAUGACGCCAAUGUGAGUGCUUCUGAGGCCAAAACUCAUGAUGAGAAAGGGGAUUCAGAAAGCAGAAAUGAAGCUGGUGCUGAAUCAAGUGGGGAAAAGUUGAGGUUCAAACCCAAUGACAAAGGAGCUUCAGAAGCAAAGAACGAUAACAGUGACUUCUCAGUUGUUUCUAGCCAACAAUCCUCGCGGGAGGAAGAGGACCUCGGGUGGGAUGAAAUUGAGGAUAUUGACAGUUAUAGUGAAAGCAAGGCAACUGGACAAGCAAAUACCAUCAGAGCUGAUCUGCAUAAGCGCAUUAGUGUUAGCAAUGAAGAGGAAGACCUGUCAUGGGAUAUCGAUGACGACGAAGAUGAUGUGCCUUCUAAACCUUGA